AUGGCUACAUUGAAGGUUGUUAUGUACUAUAACGGAUUUUGGGAUGAAGAUUUUAACUACUCAAAUUUUAAGAUCAAGGGAAUUUUAGUUAAACACGAUGUGGAUUUUGAGACUUUGAAAACUUUGAUUUAUGGUGUAUUGAAUGUUAACUAUGGAGAAACUGAAUUACACAUCAAAUAUCAGUUGGAACCAAAUCAACAAGCUGUGGAUAUAGAUGAUAAUGAAAGCCUUCGAUUCUAUAUUGAACUUAAAAGGGAUGAUGUAAGAAUUACAUGUUUUCCAUUGUGCAUCACAACUAGAAGGUAUGAGACGCAAAACUUCAAUGAAAUAAACACUGUUGAAACAGUUGACGAAAUGAAUGAAGACAAAAAUGAGAAUUCAUAUUCCAGCCAUACAUCAAUGGAUAUUGUUUCAUAUGCUGAAAUGAUAUUCAAGCAAACAAAACUUGAAGAAGAAGAAGGAACGACAAUCGAAGACGGCGAUAAUGAAAUCGUAUCGUCACCAAAAGUCAAGAAAAUAUUUAAAGGGCAAGUUUUCAAGGAUAAACAAAUUAUGAAAUCAUGUUUGUGUUUUUUUGCAAUUGAGAACAACUUUCAGUUUGCAGCUAGUAAGUCGUGCAAGCUCGAAUAUGUAAUUCAUUGCCUGGAUGAUAAUUGCAACUGGAGGUUGAGAGCUUCAAGGGAUGGAAAAACAAGCAUGUUUGUUAUAAGAAGAAUGGACAAUAUUCACCCAUGUCCGCCAAAUAUUAGAACGGAAGAACAGAGGCAAGCAACAUCUUCGGUAAUUGGCGACUUGAUAAAAUCAAAGUUCAUGAAUAUUAAAACAGUUUACACACCUGCAGAUAUUAUUUCCGACAUCCAAAGAGAUUAUGGAGUUAUUUUGAAUUACAACAAGGCAUGGAGAUCAAGAGGGAAAGCACUUGAACUGCUUAGAGGUGAACCAAGAGAUUCAUAUUCAAUUUUGCCUAGUUCUUUGAAUAUGCUUAUGAAAACAAACCCAGGAUCAGUUGUAGAACUAAAAAUAUCAGAGGGGAAUACAUUUCAAUCUGUUUUCAUAGCUCUGAGUGCAUCCAUAAAGGGGUGGAAUUUUUGUAGACCGGUAAUUGCAGUUGAUGGGACUUUUUUAAAAUCAACCUACGGAGGAACACUCCUAACUGCAUCUACCCAAGAUUCUGGAGGUAAGAUAUUUCCACUUGCCUUUUGUGUCGUUGAUUCUGAAAAUGAUGAGUCUUGGCAGUAUUUUUUUGAGAAAAUAAAAGGAGCUUUUGGUGAAAAGGAAAAGCUAUGUAUUGUAUCCGAUAGACAUGAUAGCAUACGUAAGGCUGUAAGUUCAAUAUUUCCUCUUGCUACUCAUGGUAUUUGCGCGUAUCAUCUAUUGUGUAACGUCCAGCGACACUUUAAAACUAAUCCUAAGAGUUUGAAGGAUUGUUUUUUUGGGGCUGCAAAGGCAUACACUAUUAAAAGUUUUGAUUAUUUCAUGGGAGAACUAGAUAGCAUAAACGUCGGAAUACGACCAUACCUUGAUGAUAUUGGGUUCGAAACGUGGGCAAGAGCACAUUCAACUGAUAACAGGUAUUCCACGAUGACAUCGAAUAUUGCUGAGUCUAUUAAUGCAGCAAUAAAAUCAGUAAGGGAAUUACCUAUUGCAACACUUCUAGAGUAUUUGAGAGUUUUGGUUCAAGAAUGGAGCAACAAAAAUAGGAAUUUAGCUUCUUAUACUAUGACCAAGCUUACAAGUAAGGCAGAAGAAGCCCUUAGGGAUAAUUAUGCCAUAUCUCAAAGAAUGAAGGUUAUUCCAUCGGUAACAUCUAUAUACAGUGUGGAAGACGGCGACAAAACUUUAAUAGUAAAUCUCAUUGAGAAGACGUGUACUUGUUGUAGAUUUCAAAAAGAUGAGCUACCGUGUGCACGUGCAAUUGCAAUCUUUUGCAAAUACCACAUGGAUCCCUAUCAAUACUGUUCUGCUUUUUUCACAAAAGAGAAUCUAGUUAAAAUAUAUGAGGCUAUUGUUUAUCCGAUGCCCAGCCAAAGCGAUUGGGAUGAGACAGAAGAAAGUGAAGCUAUUGAAGUACUUUCUCCGAUUGGAAAGAUUCCACCUGGAAAGCCUAAGAAACAAAGAAUGAAAGGAGCUUCGAAAGGACGUGAUAAAUAUAAAUGUAGCAAAUGUGAAAAACGGGGACAUAACAAGAAGACAUGUCGUAAUCUUGCAAAAUGA